CAGUUGAUUAAGUGAAAACAAUACAUAUACAUAUGAAUCCUUUCCAUUCUCGUCUCUCUUAGUUUUUUCCUCAACGAGUCCUCCCGUUUCUUAGUGUAGCAGUACUAGUAGUUUUGUUAUUGAAAGUCUAAAGUGGAAACGAGUGGAGAUAUGAAGUUGGUGUUAAGCAAAUCUUUCUCUGUUAUACUGCUUCUGGUAUUCAUCGCAUUGGAAGAGUUCAGUUAUAAAGCUCAAGUUCUACCAGAAGAUGAAGUUGAAGCACUUAAGCAAAUAUCAACCAGGUUAAAGAUUCCAUAUUGGAAGAAUAUCGACCAAACUUCUUGCAAUAGAAGUGAAGAUCUUAAUGCGACUAUAAGUACCAAUGCUCUAAGUAAAGUUGUGUGCGACUGUUCUUACAACUCCUCCACCAUCUGCCAUAUCACCAAUAUUCAGCUGAAACGCCUCUACUUAAGUGGAGAAUUACCUGAUGAUUUUGCAAAUCUUCCCUAUCUGCAAGAAAUAGAUUUUAGUGUCAAUUAUCUCAAUGGGUCUAUUCCUAAGGCUUGGAAAACUCUUCCACUGGUCAUUUUGUCUCUCUUGGCGAACAAUGUUAAGGGAAUAAUUCCGAUUGAAAUUGCAGACAUUGUUACUCUAGAACAUUUGUUGUUGACAGAUAAUCAACUUGAAGGACCCAUUCCUCCAGAGCUUGGCAAGCUUACCAGAUUGAAGACAUUAGUUCUUUCCGGGAACAAUUUCACAGGAACUUUACCUGCAACAUUUGCUACUCUGAAGAACAUUACAGAUUUUAGGAUAGCUGGGACUAGUGUCUCUGGAGAAAUACCUGAUUUCAUUGGCAAUUGGACGCAACUUGUUCGGCUAGAUAUGCGAGGCACAUCAAUGGAGGGACCCAUCCCUUCCUCCAUAUUCCACUUGAAGAACUUAACAACACUGAGAGUGUCUGACUUAAAGGGACCAAACAUGCACUUCCCUGAUUUGAGGGAUAUGAGCAGCAUGAAGCAACUGGAGCUAAGAAAUUGCUUGAUUAAUGGGUCAAUUGCAUCAAAUAUUGUAGAGAGCAUGCCUGGACUAUUGCAACUAGACUUGAGCUUCAAUAGACUGACUGGUGACAUUCAAAGCCUCCAAGAAAUGCCAUCCCUUCUAAACAUGUACCUCACUAACAACUCAUUGACUGGACAGAUACCAGCAUGGAUAACAAACGCCAAACGGAACUUUGACCUAUCAUACAACAAUUUUACUGGGCCAUCUCAAUCGGGUUGCCAGGAUUCAAAUUUGAAUAAAAUCGCGAGCUAUUCAUCUGAAGAAGACCAAGUUAGCUGGUGUUUAAAGAAGGAUCUACCCUGCUUCACAGAUUCCAAAUAUUAUGCCUUUUUCAUUAAUUGUGGUGGCUCAGAGAUGACUGUUGGAGGAGAGAAGUAUGACGCUGAUUUAUCACCAAUGGGGUCAUCAUCAUUCUUCUCGUACAAUGAUAGAUGGGCUUGUAGUAGUACAGGAGAUUUUGUUGGGUCCAACAGAGCUAACUAUUUUACUCAAGCGAGUACGAACAUGUCAGUGACAGACUUAUACUCGUCAGCUCGUAUUUCUCCUCUCUCACUCAAGUACUACGGCAUUUGCUUACGUCCGGGAAAUUAUAAAGUGAAGCUUCACUUUGCGGAAAUAAUGUUCCCAAUUGACCAAACGGCUGACAGCAUCGGUACUCGGGUAUUUGAUGUAUCAAUCCAAGGUAAAAAAGUAUUGGAGGGUUUUAAUAUUGAAGAAGCAGCAAAAGGUGUUGGGAAGAGUAUUAUUAAAGAAUAUGAUGUUGAUGUUAUGAGCAGCACUCUUGAGAUUCACUUAUACUGGGCGGGGAAAGGAACUACUUUCAUUCCCUCCGACAUUGCAUAUGGACCUCUUAUUUCAGCUAUUGCAGUUACACCAAACUUUGAUCCGAACACGGGUCGCGUGUCUGUUGGAGUAAUUGCUGGCAUUGUAGCUGCUUCAUGUGUUCUAAUCUUAUUGAUUCUGGCAAUCCUUUGGAAGAAAGGAUGCCUUGGAAAAAAGGAUCUUGAGGAUAAAGAACUUAAGGAGCUACUGCAGACGAGUUACUUUACUCUGAGAGAAAUUAAAACAGCAACCACUAAUUUUGAUUUUGCAAAUAAAAUAGGUGAAGGUGGGUUUGGUCCAGUUUACAAGGGCCUGCGUCCAGAUGGUUCAGUAAUUGCUGUCAAGCAACUCUCUGCCAAGUCAAUGCAAGGCAAUCGUGAAUUUGUGAACGAAAUUAACAUGAUUUCUGCUAUACAACACCGUAAUCUCGUGAAGCUUUUUGGCUGUUGUGUUGAAGGAAACCAGCUUCUGGUGAUUUACGAAUAUAUGGAGAAUAAUAGCCUUGCCCGUGCUCUAUUUGGUCGCGCAGAUCAACGAUUGAACUUGAACUGGCCAACAAGGCUUAGGAUUUGUUUGGACAUAGCUAAAGGUUUAGCUUAUCUUCAUGAAGAAUCAAGGCUGAAAAUCGUGCACAGAGACAUAAAGGCAACUAAUGUUCUUCUUGAUAAAGAUUUUACUGCGAGGAUAUCUGAUUUUGGUUUGGCUAAACUCGAGGAGGAGGAGAAAACCCACAUCAGUACACGUAUAGCAGGAACUGUAGGUUAUAUGGCUCCAGAAUAUGCAAUGAGGGGUCGCUUGACUUACAAAGCAGAUGUUUACAGCUUCGGAGUUGUUGCAUUAGAGAUCGUCAGUGGAAAGAGCAACACAAAUUACAUUCCGAAGGAUGAGUUCAUCAGCUGUCUUCUUGACUGGGCUUAUGUACUAAAAGAGGAAGGAAAUCUCCUUGACCUCGUUGACCCGAUUCUGAAUUCAGACUAUUCAAAAGAAGAAGUUUUGAGAAUGUUAAACAUAGCCUUGUUAUGCACAAACCCAUCUCCUAGUCUUAGACCAUUGAUGUCUACUGUUGUGAGCAUGCUUGAAGGUCGAACUCCAGUCCAAGAAUCACUAUUGAAAACUCCAGUUCAAAUAUCACAUCUUAUACGUGGUGGUUCGAGGGUUGAUGAUACUAGGUCAAGGACAUCUGAGAGAAUCUCGUAUGACAACCAAACACAGAUAUCAACCUUUUCUCAAGAGAGUGCUUUAUUAGAGAGUAAAUCAUCAAUGGAGGAUACAUGGCAAUUUGAUUCUGCAGUGUCUUACUACAGUGAAGAUGAAGAAGAUGAUAUAAGAAGAAGAAGAAGAAGAAUAGCAAAUUAGUAGACACUCUUCAGUCUUCAAGUGGCUGAAUUUCCUUUCUUUUUUGCAUCUUUCACACUGCAUAGCCCAACACACCUUUUUCUUGCUCUUCUGUGCUUCCAAGCAGGGAACUCUUGAGUCUUGAGAUAAAGAUUCAUAUAGUCCUGGAUUUUCUUUCUUGUAUAGCUGCAGUGUAGCAAUAAGUGGUUUACAGAUUCUUCUUCUAAUUGACACAACAUUGGUUCUCAGUAGUACUUACUUGACAUAUCAAUAACCAAGUCCAAGUCUUCCAUAAGUGAGCUAAUCAUGGGCCACAAAACUCUACCAUCAUUUUCAUUCUCGUCUCUCUUAAAUCCUAUUCCCAACAAGUCUUCUCCUGCAGUAGUGUAGUAGUUGUUGUUAUUGAAGUUGAAACACAGAUAUGAAGUUACUAUCUCUUCAUGUCAUCUCAAAUAUAAAAUUCUCUGUUAUAAUUCUUGUGUUGUUAAUUGUGUUGAAUUGCUUGGAGGAAUUCAGUUGUGAAGCUCAAGUUAUACCAGAAGAUGAAGGUCAAUUGGCCCUAAUUAGGUUCUUGCUUUCAUGCUUGAUUAAUUUUUUUUGUUAUAUGUGAUCUUUCAUAAUUAAGAUCCUCAUUUAUCCAUUUAAGUUGCUUGCUUAAGAGUCUUUAUGAACCUUAUUGAUGCUGUAUAAGCCUGUAUUAGUGCUAUAUUCCUUCCGAGUAAGUAAAUACUUGUUAGGCAGAGAUUUUCAAGCAGUCAGAAUCUUCCAUGGUACGUGAAAAUAUUGCUUUUGCAUCACACAUGCCAUGUUAUAAACACUUACAGCCUUGUUUGUUCCAAGUUUUUUAACCAUUGCUAGUUAGUUUGGAUACAAAGUUUCUCAGGAGCACCGAAUGAAAUAAAAUCAUGAUUAGCGUUAAAUUA